ACAAGUAAGGACUAAAAUGGCUAUGAUCUCUGUUCACCAGAAAUAAGGGAGCAGCAUACAUUUGGAAAAAAGGAAUGCACAAAGAUGAAUGGGGAGGAAGAGAUAAAGAAAAAGUAGGAAGGGAAGCAUGGUGAUACAUUUGGUGCUGGCAGCCAGUAUUAUAUUUCCAGUAAGAAUCAGGAGCUGUGUUCCUAAAAUGACAAUGGCAACACGACAAGAAGUUCUUGGCCUAUACCGCAGGAUUUUCAGGCUUGCAAGAAGGUGGCAUGCAGCAUCAGGGCAGAUGGAAGACACCAUCAGAGAAAAGCAGUAUAUUAUAAAUGAAGCCAGAAUGUUGUUCCAAAAAAACAAAAAUCUUACAGAUUCGGAAUUGAUUAAACAAUGUAUAGAUGAAUGCACAGCAAGAAUUGAAAUAGGAUUGCAUUAUCAGAUCCCAUAUCCAAGGCCGAUUCACCUGCCUCCAACAGCCCUCUCUCCUCUUCAAAGUCGUGGAUUUCAAAACCAGGAGAAGCUAAGGAAACUUUCCAGACCAUUAUAUCUCAAGUCUCAUGAUGAAAUUUCAUAAUCUAAGAAAUAGGUUCUCUCUAUGAACUAUGAAUCCAUCAGGGCCUGAGCACAAAUUAGAUGAUGAAUCUUUUGAAUUUAGUCUAUCUUAAACACUUAAAAGAUUUGGAUUUCAAAUCUUAUUACACUAGUUUAUAUAUCCUUGAAUUUAUCAGUGUCAGUGUCUUGCUAAUAGGCAGGAAGAUGCUAACUCCCAAAACAUUGGCUCUAAUCAUGAUCUUAAGUAAUUUCUUAAAUGAAAGUCAAAACAUAGCAGAAAUUGCGUUUGUUUAAAUUAAAAUUUUUUUGUGGAAAUAAUUUAGAAUAGAGACAUGGCAGUACUUGUUAACAGUUUCUCUUGGAAGUUCUUUAAAUUAUUAUGAAAAUCAGAUACUAAGCUCAGACUUGUACUGUGGACUAUUUUGUUUUGUAUUUAAGUUAUGAAUAUAUUUAAAAUAAGACCUUUUAUGUUUUAGUUGUUCUACUGAUAGUUUGGGGGGUUCUCUUGUGUCAAAGAUAUACUUCUCAUUAAUAUUCAAAUAGGCUAUUUUUCUCUUUUACCACACUAGCAGAGUUUAUCAUACAUACUCUAAUUACUAUCACCCCCUUAACUACUAGUGGAAGAGAUCAUAUCAUCUCAGGGAAAUAUCCCAGAUUCUUCAGGAACUAAUGUAAUAUAUUUCAUUCUGUUCGUUAAAUGCAUUCAAAUUAAAUUCUAAAACCUAUGAAUUAUAAUCCUGGCCUCAAAGUUUCACUGCAAAUUCAUACUACAGUUGGUAAAAGCCAAAGACUAUUUCUAAUUGAAAACAAAAUUGGAAUCUCACAAACAGAAAAUAAGCUAUAUAAAUUACAAGGCUAGGCAGAUUUUGUAAUUAUUUAUAAAUAGGGAAAAGAAAAAUAUAGAUCAAAAGGAGACGAGACUGUGCCUUUGUAAUAAGCUAAGCAAAAACCCUACUGUGUUGUCUUUCAUGUUGAAAGGUCAUUGAAAUUGUCACUAAAAAUUAUUCAUAAAUU